AUGGAGCCCUACUCCGCGCACUCCAUCGAGCGGGCCCUUCGCGAAGGCGAUGUGCUUCGCGGCCUGUCGCUCGGCUGGCAGGGCAGCUUCGUGCUGCACCGGCUGGUGCAGCACGGCGAUGGGGAGCGUCGGGUGCGCCUAGAGAAGCGCUCGCGAAGCAUCGGGCUGGACCUGUGCAACGAACGAGGCGUCGCCCUCGUGCGCAGCAUCCACCGCUCAGCCGCGGCUGCCAUUGGAGACGAGAUACGGCCGGGCGACGUGGUCCGCUCGGUCGACGGCCAGGUCUACUUCACCUGCGAGGCGGUCGUUGAGGCGGGCGGCGUGCAGUUGCGCGCUGGCGAGAACAAGAGUGUCGCCUUCGCGGCGCCCGGGCCGGCCGUGCUGCAGUACUCCUUCCGCGCCGCGGCCCACGACAUCUGCUUCCGAGUCACGUAUGGGUCGCUCGCGCUGCCAAACGGCGGGCGGUACGUUGCGGCGCUCGACAACUCGCACUCGCUGCUGCGCUCCAAGGACGUCAGCUUCGAGCUGCGGCUGCUGCGAAAGGCGUCCGUCCUGGCGGCGGAGCGGCGCGGCGCGAGCGCGAGGCUCGAGACGGAGCUCGACGGGCGGGCGCAGCGGGCGGCGGAGCUCGCGAGGCACAUCGCCAUCACGGAGCCAAAGCUGGCGGCGCUCCGCAAGCAGCUGGGCGAGGUGGAGGCGACGCUGCAGCGGGCGCGCGUGGACCAGCGCGAGAACGAGCGGCUGCUCCGGGAGGGGCAGCUCCGACUGGCCGCGCUGCAGGGGGGGGAGGGGGGGAAGGGUGGAGGGGCGGCUGUGGGUGCGAGAGCGGUCAAACACUGA